ACCUUUAGUCUUUCCUAAUCAAUCGACUCCUGUACCAAGCUACCAGAUCAUCCCUUAUAAAUACACACCCUUAUGAAACCUGUUCUAUUCAUCUCAGCAAAAAAUCACAUCUCAAACACAACAACAUCAUCAUCGAACAAUGGCUGCCUCUAACUUGCUUCUCUCUCUCAUCAUGGUCCUAUCUUUUUCCACUAUCCAAACAAGCCUCGGAGCUCGAAACCUACUCCAAACAACAACAACAACGCCUACCAUUCCUACAAUUCCUGCAUUGCCUACAAUUCCUGCAUUGCCUAAGGUCGUUCUUCCUCCAAUGCCGGCUAUACCAACCGUGCCCCAAGCCACCCAGCCGCAACCACUGCCGACGAUCCCAACAGCGUUGCCGCCACUACCAAGUGCCCAAAUCCCGACGGCUUUGCCGAAUCCAACACUGCCAACCAUUCCCGCGGUUCCUAAGAUGACUCUACCGCCAUUGCCCUCUACUCCACUUCCAACCAUUCCAACGACGUUCCCUUCUAUCCCGACCACAAUGCCGGCUAUUCCUUUAUUCUCACCACCUCCAUCUAACUAGACCAUCCGAUCUUUUUUCUACUUUUUACUGUAUAAUAAAGUCGCUAUGGUCUUCGGCGGUUCGAGCUGUCCUUCGAUCGAUUUGUGUCGCGUUGAGUAGUUUGCAGUACUUUUCCUUUGUUUUUGUUUGAUUUUUUUGUGGAUUUUGUGAGAGUCAUUUCGUAUCAUCAUAUGCUAUAUAUACUUUACCUUGUGGAAAUGAUUACGUCGAUUUGUCCUU